GUUACGUUUCUAUGAUAGCGCGGAAGGAGGAAAAAAUGUUACCUCUGGUUGACACUGUUCUUAUCUGGUAUAUAUAACAUUGCCAGUACAUCAGCGGGGAAACAACUAUUCUGAAAUUGAAAGUGGAUUUAGUGAAAGCGAUCUAAAAUGAAAGGCUCGACAUGUUGGAUUGGUUUGCUGUGGAUAGCUUCAUCUGUUCAGCUGUACCUAGCAGACAUACCCCCACCCCACGAGGUGUUCAAAUGUGCCCAGUGCCAUAAGGCGAACCAUAUUGCCGACUGUUCUGGAGUGGCUGUAUGUAACAAGGCCACGGAAGUGUGUUAUGUGGAGGAGGAGACAGAUAUUGGCGGAGAGACAGUUGUGAAUGCUGGCUGCCGCCUAAAAGAGCACUGCGAUGGAAUUGGCUGUUUCAAUGAAGUAGGGGGAACACGUGAACGCCGUGACGUCUUGCGAAGGCUUCAAAGACGUGACGUCACAGAGUUGACAACGCCUGAUUUUCUUACACGUGACAUUACAUGUCACCAUUGUUGUGAUGGGGAAUUCUGUAAUAUGUAUGGUUGUCCGGAUAAAUAUGACGUCACACACCUCCCGGGACAACGUUGUUUUUACUGUAACCACGUGAGCCAUCCACACCACUGUACUAACGCCAUUAACUGCGAGCCAGAUCAUACCUGUUUUUAUGAGAUGCUGCAAUUCAAUGGGGACACUGAAUACAACGUCGGUUGCCAUAGCAACCAGAUGUGUAAAAUACUUGAGACAAUACAUGGCCAAGGUCGAAAGAAACGAGAAAUCCAGGUAGAAUCAUCUGAUAGAAGUUUACAAGACCUGCUGCACAGAAGUAAGAGGAGUUAUCACCCAGUGUAUGCCGAGUGCUGUCACCACCAUAUGUGUAAUGGACACCUACCGCUUUUGAAAGCCCCACCUUCGAUGCACUCAGAUAAAUACCGGUGUCCAAUAUUUGGCGUCAACAACACUUGGAUAUCGACCGCACCACCAACUACGACCACCACUACAGAACCAACGACUACGACUCCACCACCGGAACCUACUUGCGAGGACCUGGAAGAUUGUGCUGUCUACGGUUACGACUACGCAUGCACAGGAAAUUUCUAUAGCUGGGCAAAAGUCAACUGUAGGAAGUUUUGCGGCUACUGCACCGCUGCAACUACCACACCAGUAUUGACGCCAACGUGUGAAGACCUUGAAGACUGCUCCGUCUAUGGCCACGACUACGCCUGCAGUGCGCAGUAUGAGGAGUGGGCGAGGACAACAUGUCCGAAAUUCUGUGGCUAUUGUACUGCACCCCCUACCAAUACCACAUGUGAAGACCUUGAAGAUUGCUCCCUGUAUGGCAAAGCCGUCGCCUGCAGUGCUGAGUAUGGAGCCUGGGCGAAAAUAACGUGUCCGAAAUUCUGUGGCUACUGCGGGCAAGACAACAAUCCAGUUAUGAUGCGUCGAGCGGCCCACGAUACAGCUUACUCAGUCCGAAAUGCAUCGCCUACUGCUAUGAAAACACCAGUUCCGGCAAUGGUCGUCUUUACGACCAUGCUUGUGAUGUUUGGGGUUGUUUGUUCUACAACAGUAGCUCAAGAGGUAUGUGAGGAUCUGGACUCCGACUGUGCCACCUAUGGUUCAGACUAUAUCUGUGUAGGGGAAUAUGUCGCCUGGUCAGCCAUACAUUGUAGGAAGUUUUGUGGAAUAUGCUCAGAGUCCGGAUGUGUUGAUAAGGUCCAGGACUGUGCGGACUACGGGGUCGAUUACGUCUGUCAGGGGGAAUAUCUACCCUGGGCAGAGCUCAACUGUGCCAAGUAUUGUAACUUAUGUUCAAAGGUUACGUCUACUACAACGCAAUCGUCGACAACAGCAACAACACCUACAACAGUAACAACCUCAGUGAAAACAACAACGCCAUCAGCGACUACUUCCAAUUCGGAAGUAUGCGAGGACAAAGACAGUGACUGCGCGGAUUAUGGGUUUGAUUAUAUCUGUCAAGGAGGAUACGCACUUUGGUCGAAGAUACACUGUAGGAAAUAUUGCGGAUUCUGUACAGGUGUACAACCGUGUGAAAACAAGGAUACCGACUGUGCUGAUUAUCCAUUUGAGUACAUCUGUACUGAGGAAUAUAGACCCUGGUCGUCCAUACAUUGUGCGAAGUAUUGUAACUUUUGCCCAACCGCAGAAACACAAACAACAAGAAUGACCACACCAGCUAUUACUUCUACAGUGUCAGCUCCCCCAGCUGAACUCUCUACUACACCAGCUGCUAAAUGUGAAAACACUGACGGUGAUUGUGAAACGUACAAUUUCGCAUUUCUCUGUACCGGAGACUACAAAGAUUGGGCCAAAAUUCACUGUCGCAAGUUUUGUGGCGUGUGCGAAGAAACAACAACAAUAACAACAACAACAACAACAAAAGUAGCAACAUCAUCAACAACAGCAACAACAGAAGAAGUAUGUGAAGACAUAGACAAUGACUGUUAUACCUAUGGCCACAAUUACAUUUGUGUUGAAGAGUUUAGUCCAUGGUCAAUGAUACACUGUCGCAAAUACUGUGGAUUUUGCAAAGACCCUAUUUGCGAAAACGUGGACCCAGACUGUGACACGUACGGCAGGGAGUACAUUUGCAACGAGGAGUUCAAGGAAUGGUCCUCCAUACAUUGUGCAGAGUUUUGUGACUUGUGCGAUGUUAAUGCUACUACAACAAUCGCGGCAACAAGCACAACUACUCAGACAAUAACAAGUUCACCAGCCCCAGCAACGACUUCUACCACAAACGCUACUACUACAACAACAGCACCGACAACAACGAAAACCACGACAGUUCCAACAACAACCACAACUAAAGCAACAACAACACCAACACCAACCAAAACCACGAGUGUUCCAACAACAACUACAACUCAACCAACAACGACAAAAAACAUUCCUACAACCACAACCACAGCUUCCUCAACAACUAGGACUACACCGACAACAACUACAACAAGAACAACCAUUCCUACUACUACAACCACCACUACCUCCACCACUACAACUACACCGACAACAACGACUACAACAAUGCCUACUACGACAACGACAACCGAACCUACCACUACCACUACUGUUGAUCCAAGAGCAGCAUGCAUCAACGUGUUCACGAACUGUUCGCUCUACACUCAAGAGGAUUGUCACCACUAUCAAACUGAAAUCUUAAUGUGGGAGAACUGCCGAGGUCACUGCUUCCUGUGCCUAGAACCGCAUCCUACGCUAACGACAACCACAACCACAACCACUACAACUACGACUACCGACCCUAGUAUGUGA